UCUCACAUUUGGCAUUUGGUUUGUAUUGGAAAAAAUCUAAAUUUAAGACUGUGCAAAAAUGAAUUCGUCAAAAGCUUUGGUGAGCAGCAGGAUGGCGGCCUUUGGAUUUAGCAACUUGGUGAAGUGUCGCGGAAUGAAGCAGUUCCGACUAGAUGAUAAAUACUACAGGCCAGGAUCUGGACAAGGACGUGUCUACAGAAGGACGUGGGCGGAACAGGAGGUGGAGGGGCCGGAAGAGCGCUUGGAUGAUACCAAAUACAACCCGGGACUCUGGAAGGAACGUGAAUAUCAGGCAACCUGGCGGGAACCGAUGGCCGUGGAGGAGGAACCGCAGGAGGAAGUGAGUGAAACGCGAUACAGGGAGGAACAAGCACCAGUCCCUGUGCCCCGGCGAUCCUUCGAUCCCUCGAGACGUCUCCAGAGGAUCGCUAUUCCCGCUAGCAAGUUCAUUUCUCAGUUCAUCUCCACCCAGAAGAAAAACCGGAUGCGUAACCUCGAAAUCGCUGCCGAUCGCAUGGCGUGCGAAGGAUACCAAUUGGCCUGAAAUACCUAGUCAAAUUCUUGUUAACGGCGAGGCCUCUCUUGAAUUUUUGUGGAUUUACAAUACUCGUGCUAAUUAAUUGUUAAAUUUUAAUUGGAUCUUUAAAAAUUAGUCGUUGUUCACAAACACAAAAUAAAAAAAAGAAAUAAUACGUUUUUCCUGAUACUCGCCUGAAA